AUGGAGCAAAAGGAGAUUGACUUUCUUAAAACACAAAAUAUCACAGUCAAACAGAGUAUCGCAAAGGGUGGCUUUGACGAAGUAUUUUUGGUCUAUUCAUCUCAAUACAAAAGCGAUUUUGCUUUAAAGAAAAUCCAGACAAAGCGUUUUAAUAGAGCAGAAGUUGAAUGCCUUAAAGCAAUUGAUCAUGUUAAUAUAAUGAACCUUUACAAAUACUUUUACUUUGAUGGCUGCGUGUAUUUAUUAACGGAAUAUUGUCCGUUUGAUCUCUACCAUCUUCUUAAAGAGAAGGGUUCUUUGUCAGAAGACUUACUUCAGAAAUAUUGUCUCCAAAUUGUUAGCUCUAUUAAGGCAUGCCAUGAUCACAAUAUUGCUCACAAUGAUAUCAAGCCUUCCAAUUUCUUACUUGACAAAUAUGGAAGGAUAAAGGCCUGCGAUUUUGGAAUUUCUACUAUUUUCAAAUCAGAGCCAACAAGCAGUUCAUCAAAAGGAACUUUAUUAUUUAUGGCUCCUGAAAUGUUAGCUGAGAAAAAGCACAAUCCACUUAAAGCAGAUAUUUGGGCUUUAGGUGUCACAUUAUUCUACUUAGCUACAAGAACAUAUCCUUUCCUUGCUUCAGAUUCGAAACUCUUAUUGAAAGUUAUCAACGAUGGUGGAGUUCCACUUAAGGCAGUUUCAAAUCCUCUUCUCAGAAACGUCAUUGCGAGGUGCUUAGAAUACGAUCCAAAUACUCGUGCUGAUGUUAAUGAACUCUUAGAAAUGCCUUAUUUUAAUAGUGGAUGCAACGAAACCAAAGUCAAUCACGUUGGUUCUUCCAUAUCUCCAUUCCAUCCAAUCAUUAAGCCAAAGAUUGCUUAUGAUUCAAAGUUAGGAUUGAGUCAUCUUUCCUUGAUUCCAUCGAGGAGACCUCCAUCUUUAUCCAACAUUCAUUCAAAUAAUACUCAUUAG